AUGAAGACAAGAUCAGCUGCGCGCUGCCCGUACAUCAAGGUGAUGGACGUGGCUCGAGCGCCUUCUAUAGCCGUCCUCUCCCUCCAGUCGAAAUUUGAAAGUCAGCUUCGCAAUUGUGGAAUCAAACAUCCAUUGACAAACUGCACGAUCCACUUCGGCGACGUGACCAUGUCGAGUACGAAACCACGCUGGCGCCACAAGCUGCGUCGCUCACAAGAGUUGAAGACAGAAGGCCUUCUCAGCAUCGAUGCUCCUUUCGGUGAGCUCAAGCGGCCUCCGUUUCGCUUCUUUGCUCUGCCGCGUGAGCUGAGAGACGCAGUCUACAGCUGGGUCUUCGGAGCCUUCGAGGGCAAGCAACGCCAUAACCUUGCCGCUUUCAAGGAUCCAGCCAUCACGUUGGUCAGCAAGCAGGCUCGUCGAGAGGCUCAGUCGGUUCUGUUCGCAGGCUGA